CGGCAGCGACGGUUCCCAUUCGCUGCUCCACCGUGGAGUUGCGCAGUAGUGGAUGUGGAUGUUCUGCUGUGCAGAGUGUGAAAAUCGUGUAUUUCUUUGAAUGGUUUUGAAAAGACUCUCUGUGUAGAGUAUGAAGGAAGCAAUUGCGUGAUUAUCAACCGGUAUUUUCCUACAGUUUGAUUUUGGCCUAGUGAGAUUGGCGUAUUUCCCAGCACCCAGUGAUAAUUUUCACCUAUUACCCAUUUGAGGUCCUUAGGACCCGGCCCGCACCAUGGCUGAAGCUCAUUCUGCCGUAGCCUUUUCAUUUUCCAUCUCUCACGAGGGAUGGGAUGUGAACUUCGACCGGGAAGUCUUGCAUCUUGUAUGGUCUUCAGGCAUCCGUUCGUGGAAGAAAAGAUUGUGGCGUUUUCAAAACAGUGUAAAGAAUGGAGUAUAUCCAGCUCCGCUUCAGAGCUUGUGGGCAACUGUUGGUAUUCUUGUGGCUCUACACUUUGCAGGGGUUAGACUUCCUAUUGGGCUAGUAGGAAUGCUUUUACCACAUUUACCAAGCACGGCGUUUCACUGGCAGGUGGUGGCAUGCUUUACAGUUGCACUAAGUGUGUGGUUUGCAGUAAUACAGAUUAUUAGGUAUACUCUAAGACUACUUCUGGUGUACAAAGGUUGGAUGUAUGAAGAGCGAGGUAGUGGUAGGUCAAUUUCUACCAAAACAAAAUUGUGGCUGGUCUUAGUAAAAGCUCUGUCAGGAGUUAGCCGCCCAAUGCUAUACUCCUUCCAAGGUUCCCUUCCCAAGUUACCUGUUCCUGCUCUUGAUGAUACAGUUAAAAGGUAUCUAAGAAGUGUCCGUCCGCUCUUGAACAAUGAGGAAUACUCUCGCAUGGAAAAACUUGCAGAGGAAUUUGGAAGUGGCAUUGGCACAAAACUACAAAGAUAUCUUAAGUUAAAAUCCUGGUGGGCCAGUAACUAUGUAUCAGAUUGGUGGGAAGAAUAUGUUUACCUCAGAGGAAGAUCUCCACUCAUGGUAAACUCAAAUUUUUAUGGCAUUGAUGCAAUCUUGAUGCACCCAACAAAAAUUCAAGCUGCUCGUGCUGCUACAGUCAUUUAUACUUGUCUUCAGUACCGACGACUCAUCGAACGUCAAGAGAUGGAACCUAUUUUAAUUCAGGGACUCGUGCCACUCUGCUCUUGGCAGUAUGAACGUCUUUUUAACACAACUAGAGUCCCUGGUCCUGAAACCGACCGUAUUGUUCAUUACUCUGACUCCUGUCACAUUGUUGUGUACCACCGAGGCAGGUACUUCAAGGUCAUCAUUUAUCACAAAAACAGGCUUUUGCUGCCUUGUGAACUAGAAGUGCAAAUGCAAGCCAUUCUAGACAAUAAGAGUGAGCCACUUGAGGGAGAAGAACGACUAGCAGCACUCACUGCCGGACCUCGCACACAUUGGGCAAACACAAGGCAGGAGUUCUUCUUUAAAGGAACAAAUCGCCAGUCCCUAGAUGCAAUUGAAAAGGCAGCCUUCACUGUCAGUCUUGAUGAUGAACCAUAUGAAUUUGAUCAGAGCCGUCCAGAGCUAUUGGACAAAUUUGGCAGAGUUCUUCUUCAUGGCAAGGGAUAUGACCGCUGGUUCGAUAAGUCUUUCACUCUUUGCAUUGGAUCUAAUGGCAGGAUUGGCUUCAACUCAGAGCAUUCAUGGGCUGACGCAGCUGUCAUGUCCCACUUGUGGGAGUAUGUUAUGACAGAGGAACUUAUGGCCGGAGGAUAUGCACCUGAUGGCCACACAAUUGGUGAACCUGAGUUACAGCCUCCAGCUCCUAUCCGUUUGCAGUGGGAUUUAAAUGAGAAGGCAUUGGCUGCUAUUGAUUCAUCUUACAAGAUUGCUGUAAACCUCCUGAAUGAUGUUGACUUGAGGAUCUAUGUUCAUGAUGCCUAUGGCAAGGGCUUCAUGAAAGAAUGUCGUUUGAGUCCAGAUGCUUAUAUUCAAAUGGCUAUGCAGCUGGCCUACUACAGGGAUGCUGGCAAGUUCAGCUUGACUUAUGAGGCAUCCAUGACACGCCUUUACCUGGAGGGUAGGACUGAAACUGUUAGGCCAUGUACAAUUGAGUCAUCUGAAUGGGUUAAGUCCAUGGAAAGCAAAAAUUCCACAACUGAAGAGAGAGUUGCCCUUCUGCAGAAAGCUUGCAAAGUGCACCAUUUGGGUAUCCAAGAUGCUAUGUGUGGCAAAGGUAUUGAUCGACAUCUAUUCUGUCUAUAUGUUGUUUCCAAGUACCUGGAGGUAGAGUCCCCAUUCUUAAAAGAAGUCUUAAGUGAACCUUGGAGGUUGUCAACAUCUCAAACACCUCACGGUCAGACAACUAAAAUGGAUCUUAAAAAGUUCCCGAAGUGCAUUUCUGCUGGAGGAGGCUUUGGUCCAGUUGCUGAUGACGGAUAUGGUGUUUCAUAUAUUAUUGCUGGAGAAGACCUUAUCUUUUUCCAUAUUUCAAGCAAACGCAGCUGUGAUACUACAGACUCAAGCAGGUUUGCAAAGGUUAUUGAAAAGUCCUUGGCUGACAUGCGUACCCUCUUCCAGGACUACAAAAAGCUCAAACAGCAGCAAGAUAAAUCGAAUAAGAAGACAGAGUAAAUUUAGACUUUCUUUAACCCUUCCAUUCUUAGCUAAAGUGUGUGAUGAGGGGGAUAAACGAUAAAAAGCCCCUCCUCUCAGUCCAUUCUUCCUUUGAAGUUAGGGUAUUGUUUAGUGUUGAAGUCAGGUUACCACCCUUAUACACCUCACACUGCUUACUGUGGUGUUUAUGGUAAAAGUGCAAUCA